AACAGAAAUAACAAACGAUAAAAGUAUGAGUCGAUUUGUGAAUGAGUUCUGUGAUUGGAGUGGCGCGCUUGUUGCUAGAGGUCAGUAGCUCCUGGCACCAGCCAACGUGCAGCAGCUCGUACGUCGUCAAAGCGGUGCAGGCCCCACUCGUGAAGUACAACUUCAUCCUCGAGCGCCAAGAGGGGAUCGCCCCAUCCAGCGGAACAGAGGCGACACUCACCACCCUCCAGAUCGUCGACUACGAGGAAGAGGACGAUGAACGCGAAGAACCUGAUGACAGGAGGAAUGAUGAUAGAGGAGGAACUACUGAUGGUAACCCAGGGGAAGAGGACACUGCCCAACUACCCCAUACAGAACCUGCCACCACCACUUCCACACUCUCAACAACUACCCCUUCAACCACCACGCCUUCGACUACCACGCCCUCGACUACCACGCCCUCGACCACUACUCCCUCGACUACCACGCCCUCGACCACUACGCCUUCGACCACCACGCCCUCGACUACCACGCCCAAGCCUCGUUCUACCACACAGAUACCCAAGAUAACGACAGUGAUUCCAAGGGAUUCAGGCUCAGAAGAAGUGGGCACGCCUUGCACUUUCGGGACGUACCCAAACAUGAACACCUGCGGAUGGACGAACAGCGAAGACGCAGCCCUGGUCUGGCAGACAGGAAGUGGACAGACAAGCAACUGGCUGGGUGGCCCCACCAACGACUUCAGCUCUGAUGACUCGAGCGGAGGCUACAUUUUUGUGGAGACAUCAGAGGUGACGCUGCCUGGGGAGAGAAACUUGCAUCCAGGGGCCAUUCUGCAGAGCGUUCCCCUUCGUGGCACUGGUCCAGAGGGAUCCUGCGUAACAUUUGCGUACGUGAUGGAUGGGCUGAGCUCCGCAGAGCUGCGUGCCCUUCUCAAAUCGGAGGCUUCGAGUGGCCACACUGUCGUGUGGCAGGCGGAGUAUCACACGCAGGGGGUGUGGGUUGCCACACAGUUCCUUUACACAUGUGAGGUGCCUCACAAGAUCAUGUUUGAGGGCAUUCCAGUGGACGUGAGUGACCCCUCUCGUCUGUACCGAGGGUUCAUUGCCGUCGACAACAUCCAACAGAGCCCUGGAAGCUACUGCAGAGGUUUCUGCACAUUUUCUGCAGGGUUCUGUGACUGGGGUAAUGGGCAGGGAGAUGACUUUGACUGGGCUCUCAGUCGUGGAAGUCGAAACCCGAUGACUGGUCCAGCCUCAGACAGUUCUCUGCACAAAAGUGGCGGAGGGGGCUACGCCUUUAUCGACUCCAGCUUUCCCAGAAGGCCGGGAGACAUUGCACUUCUGAGCAGCCCAGUGUUCUCCCCAACGGGGCUGAAUGCACCACGGUGUAUGAGGUUCUGGUUCCACAUGUUUGGACCAGUGGUUGGGACCCUGCGUGUCCUGCUGAUGGCCCACAAUUUAAAUGCUCCAUCCCUGCGCGAGGCCUGGAGCCUGUCUGGUAGCGCAGGCAAUGCCUGGUUCAUGGCCCAGCUCACUAUUUCAUCAGUAUAUGACUUCCAGGUUGUUCUAGAAGCUUCUGUAGGCAACAUGGGCAUGAGUGACAUUGCAGUGGAUGACGUGACAUUCGCACAGGGUCCUUGUCCAGUUGCCCCACAGGUAGCAGCACCUACAGCUGGGGACUGCACAUUUGAAGUCGAUGAGUGUGGCUGGGUUAACAGUCAGGUGGUGAAGGGCCUUGACAAAAUACAUUGGCAGAGAACACCCAUUAGAACACAGAACACUCGCUUCCAGCGUAGGCCCUCUGGGAGUAUCCAAACUGGCGGCAAUCAAAAUGAAUACUACCUGAAUCUUGGAAAGAAGUUGUUGCAGCCAACUGGGAGUGCCGCUCGGCUGAUAUCUCUGGAAUUCCCAGGAUCUGAGGAGCCACAGUGUCUCUGUUUUUGGUACUUCAUGCAUGAGCCCUUCAUAGACUUAGGCGGACCGAGCCUUGGAGUUCUUCGCAUCCUGUUGCUGGUUGGAAAGGGCCACACGUCUGUACCCAUCUGGCAGCUCACAAAUAACCAGGGCCCUACUUGGAACUAUGGCCAGGUUCCUAUCAAAGAAAACAGUAGCUACAAGGUGGUAUUUGAGGGGAUGUGGGGCCCAAACAGAGCCAAUGGUGCCAUUUCUAUUGAUGAUAUUUCCUUUCAUGAGGGACACUGCAACAUGAGACCCCACCAUGCAACAGUACGCCCAGAGGACUGCUCCUUUGAGCGUGGAAUCUGUGGCUGGCGCAAUGCGACACUGUCAGACUCUGGCGAGCAACUCAUGUCGUGGCAGGUCGCCUUCGACAUGCACCGCCCAGCAGAGCUCCCCGAUAAAACUUUUGGUACAUCAGGUGAGGUUACUGGUGCGGAGGUACGUCCUCUCUGCGUGCCACAGCCUUGCCUCAGAGCUGAGGGCUACAUCUUCUUUGACAUCUUCACAACCAACCAGCAGCAGAGAGAAGUCAGGAUGUUGUCCCCGGUCAUGGAUGGCGAGGGCUAUGACGAUUUGUGCUUCACUUUUUGGUAUGCUGCCUUUGGGGCCGGUGACACCACACGGCUUCACGUGUUCAAGGCGGACCCUGGCAGUUCGGCAGGCCAGAUGGUAACCUUAUUGUGGAAGAUGACAGCAGAUGGGUAUGAUUCAUCACAUCCAACCUGGACACCUGCCCAGUUUACUGUAGAUGCAAGAUCACCAUUUGUAAUCAUGUUGAAAGGUCGGGCAAGCAAUGGAGGAUUUGCUGUUGAUGAUAUUAAGACAUUCCCUGGGACUUGUAAAACUCGACCUGCACAAGCUGAACCUGUGGAAUAAAACUGGACUGAAGAUGAAUUUGCUAUUUAUGCAUUUCUUAAUUUAUUCCUCGAUGUAUUGUAAACAAAUCUGUGCAGCGUUAACGUAAGCCUAUAUAUAUAUAUUUUUUUUUUUUUUUGCAGAAUGCCAACUCAUGAGUAGGCCAAUAUCUCAAUAACCCUUUAUUAUUCUUAAAAUUUAAGUCUUCCCUUGUUGCCCUAAAAUACAGUUUUGACUCCUUAAAUACUACAAGAGAAAUUUAUUGUACUUAACAAAGAAACACACACAGCCUUAUAUGUUUCAUAAAUAUUUACCUGAAUUAUCAAAAGCACAGUAACUUUACAGCCCACUGUAAUCUAAAUGUUGUGUGCAUGAAAUUUCUGGUUGAAUGAACUGGAUAUUGGGAGUUAUGUUAUAGUACCUGUAAUAUUCAUCAUAAAAUAAAUUCAGAGGAAUGGAGCGUGUCAACCAUAAA